GUCUUCCAUAAGGCAAAAUGGAGUGGGAAAGAAUCAAGGAAUGAUAUUGUCGAUAGUAGUAAGAAAAAGUGAAAAUGCCGAGGGAAAAGCUAAGAAUUUUAAAGAAUAGGUUAAAUAAUACUAUCAGGUAAUGGCCCUAGCUGUUGCAGAUAAACUUCUCAGAGCAUUCGAAGUUUUGAAAAACUUUAAAGAAGGAGUAAUCACUUCCGAGACAAUCCCAUCUCCUGCCACUGUCAAAAGGAAAGACUCAACACUGUCCAAAAAGGAGAGAAUUGUUUACUUGAACACAAUAGGAGAUUUGACAUGUUCUCGAUUGUUAAGAAACCUACCAGAGUAUGGAAAAAUUGUUGCAGUUGCUAUCGAAACGUUGAUAUUAUUUUGUGACGAUGAAGAUUCUGAUGUUCGUCUUGUCGCCGGGGACAGUAUUAACCAUAUUAUUAAGGGAUUCAUGGAUCAAAAUGUUGCCCGAAUUCAUGUUGAACUUUACAAAGAAAUCAAAAAGAACGGAAAUGCGAGAUGCCUUCGUGCGGCCCUCUCGAAGUUUGCCGAAAUCUCUUGUUUGAUACGUCCUCAAAAGUGCAGGCCAUUCAUCACAAAUCUUCUACCAUGCAUUGCAAGAAUUUGCCAAAGGACCGAGGAACCUGUUCAGGAAACUUUGGCACAAACUAUGAAACAAAUUAUGCCUGUUCUCGGAGCGUUCAUGAAUGAUAAAGAAACAAAGGUUUUACUCAAGUCUUUUCUUCAAAACAUCAAUGCGCCAUCAACGACCACUCGCCGUACUGCUGCCACGUCUAUAGCAAUGAUUUGUAUUAAUACGCGAAGACCGUCAAUUUUUUUGUCUUGGACCAUUCAUGUGUUAUUAGAAUCAAUGUUUCCUUUCUCGUCGGAUCAAAAAUCUCCUGAUUACUGCGGUGUCUUACUGUGUCUACGACAUAUAGUUCCUCAUCUUGGCAAUACAGACGAAGACUGUGAUGUUGUCAUGCGCGGAAGCUUCGGCGUGACUCGUCAGCAGAAACGAAACGACAAAGAGGAGCAGUUGGAGAAAGAUGAAAAACAACUCCUUAAGAUGUACAAAUUAAUUAUGUUAUCAACGACGCACGCGGAUCACAAUGUCGUCACUGCAGCUUUGGAAACCUUACAACAAACACUGCUGUCAAUCUCUCAAAUAUUAUCCCGUCAACUGUUGUCCCACAGCGGUCUCGCACCAGUCUCUGGUGAAGAACACCCUGAUAGCUUGGCGAGCUCUUCAUUCGACGACAUCGACAGCCUUGUCUCACAACCAGACUCUGGUAUCGAAGAUAGUCUAGGUGAUAGCAUUGUCGACGGAGUGAAUGAUAAAAAGACUGGCACGAGCGUCGCUGAUAUACAAGAGCUACGCCGGCAUUUUUCACAACCGGCUGGAGCACAAGCACCCGAAUCCACAGCCUCUGAACUGAUGAAAGAUACGGAGUCCCAGGUCUCCGAGGAGGGAACCGACGUAUCGAACUCGCUUGAUGCAGACACCGACUUUGAAUUAGAUCAUCGUAGAUCUGAUUCCAACGCGAGUGAUAUUGUAACGCAGGUCAGUUCGACCGAUGAUUUAGACAAAACUAUGGGUGAACACGAGACAAUGUCAGCGAAUGGUCAUCGGGAUGUGGAGACGGAUGAUCGCGGUGUCGAUCAAGGAUUCACGAUUGAUCCAGUUGUGUGUGACGGUGUUCCAAUGCUCCAUUGUGCCAGGGUAAUGUGCUCGUUUUUGCUCUCCGGGAAAAGUGGCGAGAUGAUCUCCGACCGCAAAGUGCGCGUGAGCGUAAAGUCUCUGGCCUUGAAUUGCUUGGCUGCCAUAUGCAAGAUUUACCCGCAGUGCUUUCUCGCUCGUGUUCGACCUGAUAACGAGGACGUGCAGGGUGAUGAAGGUGAGCAGUGGAUACGAGAGGUGCUGUUGUAUGAGAGUCAUCACGAUCCCAUCAUACGUGGCAGUCUUUCGCUCCUCAUAGGAAACUUCCUGCAGUCAUCUCUGACCGCAUCAAGGUAUGACUUCGAGACGUGGUGCUCACAAUCCAGUGGAAACUAUGGAACACUUACCCUUCGAAUUUCUGUGCUGCUCGAUAUGCUUGAAAAAUUUGUCGUCGAUGAAUCGUCAGUGACCGUACGAUUGGUCUGCACAGCUAUAAAGCAAUGUCUUCCCGCUCUAUGUUUUUGUCCUCAAUCGGCCAGAAUUCUACAACUAUGCUAUAAAUUGGUGCAACUUAGACAAAACUCCUACUGGCUUGUAAAGGUGGAACUUUUGCAAAUAUUACAAGUGUUUGACUUCAGUUUGAUUGCUUUUCAUGAAAGUGAAUGUGGUUUCGCGAAAUCCGUGGAUGGCAAUCUUCAAAAGACUUAUUUCUAUGAUGUCAUUUUAUUUUUACUUUCUGAUGAUGAUCAAAGAGUUAGAACUGAAGCGGCAAACACGCUCGUAAAAUUGGUUCGACAGAUGUAUUUUGAUGAUGGUGGCGGUGGAAGUCGAAAGCCAUGGCUUGCUGUUGCAAAAAGGAACUUUGGAAAAUAUUUUGGAGGUCGGAGAAAAAUUUAUGAAAAUUCUGUCAUCAAGACAAACUUGUCAAGAAUCGUUGCAGCUCUCAGUCAGCGACUUAAUGUUCCUACGUCAAAAAAUGGCCUGUUGGGUUAUUGUGAAUCCCUCAGUUUGCUCGCUAACUCCUACCCAGUCUCCUGUUGGCCAAAGUGCUGGUCCUGUGACGUGCACGCCAUCACGCGUAGUCCUUCGCCUACAGGAAAAUCACUCUCGCCUGAGUCUUCGCAGCCACAAAUCUCGUCCGUACUCUGCAACAAUGGCGGUGGUGCACUCGCAUUUCUUGUGGAAAUGAUGACGUCAUCUUGGCUCACCUUGAACGUUCCAGGGCACGAAAACGCUCUUUUGGUGGUUGGUAAACUUUUGCUCGGAAUUGCGAGCAGUGCUCUUUCUAUUGGUCAACGUCGUUCCUCGUGCCCAGACUCCGCACGUCAAUGGGCCAUAUUUGGCGAUUCUUCAAUUUCAGAACUUGCCGACAAAGUUUUUGUCCACAUUUUGCGAUUACUGAAUAUCUUUUUUCACGUUAUUGACAAUAUCACUCCAGGAGCUCAUAGUUCAAAGCCUUUAUUACUGAGUAAGGACAAAGACAAGUCGCCAACUCCUAUUCCCGGGGCUGCUGUCCAAACCUUGACUACAUCAUCGUCACCAUCAACAAACGUUUCAAGUCCAAAAAGACUCAUAAAUCGAUCGAGAAGAAAUACCGAAGGAUCUGCUGAUGCAGUCAACAUUUCGGUAGAGAAAGGAUCGACUGGAAAGACUGGCGAAAAUGAGGGAAAGUUGAGUGCGUCUGGUGUUUUCUUAGGGCAAUUUCAUCAUUUGCCACAUUAUCAUCGACUUUAUGAAACAGUGAAAGGUGUAUUUUCAAAUUACAAGGUCAACUUAAAGUUUAAUGAAGAAGAGAAAUUUGUGAAGUUGUUAAAAACAAUUUUGACCGUGUUUGCAAUGCUACUGGAGCUAGUGACAUUCUCAGACCUUGGAAAAAAUAUGGAGGAAAUAAUAGGGUACUUCCAAGCCACUGUGAAAUGCGAAGCAGCGACAACUUUUCUUUGUGUUCAACAGACGUUGCGAGCGAUAUUUGGGGUGAACAUUGCAGCUCAACCGAACCAAGGCUCCUCGCACUCCGCACAGCAGAUUGAUGUACUAGAUACUGAGAUAAGUGUCCCAUCGUGUCUUGAAGAUUGUGUUGACAAGUCGAGCAAUGUCGGGUUUUAUCGAACGUACUUUGAAGAGAUGCAAUCGGAGAUUAGUGCCGCAUUUAACGAGAUUCGUACUCGCGACCAAACAGUUGAAGCAAAAGAAAGCAAAAGCUUCAAAGAUUUAAGUUUCAUCAAAAUGCUUCGGCAAAGACGUGGAUCAUUUCGACCUCCUCUUAAAGUCGACAAGCAAGCCCAGGUUCAUUCUUACAUCAGAAUGUUUGAACCUCUGGUCAUUAGAGCGUUGAAGGAAUACACGACGUCCAGUUCCAUCCAGACUCAAGCCCAAGUCCUUAGUAUAUUAGUUCAACUUAUUCGGCUGAGAGUCAAUUAUGCUUUGUUAGACUCCGAGCAGGCGUUUUUGAAUUUCGUCCUCAAACAAUUUGAGUUCAUCGAGGCUGGCCAAAUACGUGACGUCGAGAGGUUUUCUCCGCAUAUAUUCCAGUUUCUUCUCUUACUCUCGUAUGACUGUUUUCAACCGAAGUUCAAUCAGGCAAAAUCCGUCUUCGGCAUGUCAAAAAUCAUUCAAGUUUGUGACGACCUUAUGGCUUGUGGUCAGUCAGCAAGAACACAUGCCGUCCCAGCUCUUUGUCCUAUUGUAUACGACUUGUUCGACACACAAGCCACGGGCAGAAACGAAAAUUCAAAAGAACUUGAAACGCAAAGAGAAGUGUUCGUCUCCAUGCUUCUGAGAUUGGCUCAGUUUCCUGAGGUUUUAAAUCUUUUGGUGUAUGUUUUGGCUUUCUACCGCUCCAAUGAUGAAAAAUGGAAGAAGUUCUCAAGGCAGGCUGUGGAUACUACCAUACAACUGUUGAUCAAGCAGCAGAUAAUAAUUGACGAUGUUAACAGUUUGCAGAAAUUGGAAAGUCUGUUUGAUUCCGUCGCGCCUAUUGCGCUCCGUCCCAUUGACGUCAUCUUGAAGGCUCUUUUUGCUCCCGCCAACUUGUUGAGUAGGUUAUCUGUGAAUCGAUGGCUAGCUCAAGUUGUCACUCUGCUCAAAGUAGUCGUCACUCAGUGCACCGAAGAGAAUUUUCUUUCGAGGGCAACGCAACUUGGAUUCACCGCGAAUUUAGUGGGAAACAUUGUGUAUGGUAAUAAUCUUGACGUGUCUACAUUGGAUGUCGAGAGUGACCCUGGAAAGGUCAUGGCACAUUUUCUCGUUCACGUGUUGUAUCAUGCCAUGCAGAACUGGUCCUUUAUGGAUAUUCAAAAUGGAGAUACCGAGGUCUUUUUAGCUCAACUCACCAUGUAUUUAUUGUUGUACAUACAAGAAAUCAUAAAAUCAGGUUUAUUCAAAAACAUCAGCAAGGCUGUUUCGUCGCUUAUAAAAGAAAGUAUACUUACUUCUGAUGAAUUACAAGUCACCAACAACAAGAUCAAGAAAAUCCACAAAGUAUUUUUGUCUUUAAAAGAAAUUCAACCAACUUUGUGCCUUCAAUGGUUGAAACUUUUGUCGCUCGUGGAUGUUGACGACGAGAAUUGGUGGACGCUUUUGCAAGGUGAACUGAACGAACGCCAAUCUUGUUCUGUAAACAGACAGAUAUGUGUCAAAGGGACGCUUCUUCUUCGCUCUAAACUAUUGACGAACGCUCAGAAGGACGCAAACAAGAGUAAAGAAGUUGAAGAUUUUCUCAAGGCAAAUCUCGAAAAUAUCACUGAGAUGUCGAAUGAGUCAACUGCGAAAACGUUUUUAAGGCAAAUUCAAAACAGCGAAAUUUGCAGCAAGAUUUUUAUCGAUGUUGUCGGAGAUUUAAAAGAUCUUUUUCCAAAUAAAUUAGAGUUUAAGAAGAAUCUUCUGAUAAUUUUGGACGAUCUUCACUACAAGCAAUCCACCAGUCUCAUCUUGUUAUUGAUAUCUGAUUUCCUCGGCUGUCACUAUCGUUCGAUCACUCGGAAAUGCGAAACGAUGAUCUGUAAUAGACUGGAGUAUUGCAUGUCUUUGCCAAAAAAGGAGGUUGAAGAAAUCUUUUCAUCAGACGAUAUCGAAAGCAUUCAUGGUGCUCUUGUAUCAGUGGCCGUCACAAAGAGAAAUCCACGUUUAGCCUCUCUUAUAUCCCACGUUUCGCUCAAUACUACGAAGGUUGGACAAUCUGGAAAUGUUGCUGAGCCUGCACUAAAAGCAAGUCUCGAAAACAUAGAGACAUGGUUUUAUACCUUUGUUCACAAAUGCUGCUGUUGUGUCAAACUUAACGACGUUGGUGUUAAAAGUUUUGCUGAAGUUGUACAUUUAUUGCACGCCCUACGAUUUGACGCGAUUUCUAAAAUCAUGGAUGAUGAGAAAUUCAACACAAGUUUAAUGCUGCCGUGUUUGGUAUUUGGCAUGAAGAAAACUGCUGAAAUUUGUGCGAGAGAAUUUGAUCAUGAGAUAAGAACGAGUCCUUUUGAAGACACGGCAUAUUUCGACACUUAUGGCGUCGAUCAUUUGUUUCAAUGUACGUUUGGAUUACUCUUACGACAUGUACAAGAGAUCAUAUUUAGUGUCACAACGUUGGAGGACGAUAAUCACGAUGGCAAUAAGCAGAACAAGCCAACCUUACUGCAUUCAACGUUGGAGGACGAUAAUCACGUUAGCAAUAAGCAGAACAAGCCAACCUUACUGCAUUCAACGUUGGAGGACGAUAAUCACGAUGGCAAUAAGCAGAACAAGCCAACCUUACUGCAUUCAACGUUGGAGGACGAUAAUCACGAUGGCAAUAAGCAGAACAAGCCAACCUUACUGCAUUCCAGAAUGAACGUGAAACAAGUACACGAGCUAUCGGAAAACUUGCCAUGGAAACGAAGACUCAUCGACACCACGAAGGCGCUGGAGGCGUAUUUUUCCUUCGUGCACACAUUGCCAAAAGCUGCUCAGCUACCGAAAGCUAUUUAUUGCGCCGUGUGUCAGUUUGGUAUGAUCGUGUUGGAGGUUUUGUAUUGCGAGAAGUAUCAAGGAGAGAACUGUUGUCCAUCAGAGCUUAUUACCGUGUUUCGUACGUUUUCACUUAUGCUACACAAUCGCUGUCUUUUUCAUGUUUUUAAUGCACCGGAGUACAGUCCGUGGGUUACGCGUUCAUUGCGUUCUGUCUACUCCAUCGUCAAAAAAGUGUUCGUGAUACCGGGCACAAUCUUACCUGAAGAUAAACCUUACAUCAAACUGCCCGACUCCGAUAUUGUUUACAACGAAGCUUCGAUGUUGGUCAACUAUCUAUACACGCUUUUAAAUAACACCAAUCAUCAUCUCGUACAUCCUGAUGCACUCAUACGGUCAUGUCGUGACGUAAUCACUGGACUUGCGCGUCUCACUUUGUUCAACGCGUACGUUCGCAUUCCACCGCUCGUAUGGAACAUGGGAUGGGAAGAGGAAAGGCAUGGUACCGAGUUACCCCCAUUACCCACGGAUAUACUCCGAGAGAGAGAUGUCCUGCAGGAUUUCGUGUUAAGAGUUCACUCGAUUGGUUGGAUAUCGCGUCAGCAGUUUGAGGAAACUUGGGCGGCGUUGCUUGGGGUCCUUAGUUCUCCACUAUCGCCCGAACAGACUUCAAGAGAGGAGGACAUUGAUUCUGUGAAGUCUGGUUGCCUAGCAAUACAAUGCAUAACUAGACUGUUGCUUCAAACGACGCUACAUCCUUUGCCUGGUAACCCCUCGGUUGGUGCGAGCUUUCAUGUGUCGAGACAAAAAGAGUUACCAUUCUUGGGUGGCAGGGCUGGUAAAAAACUUUGCACUGUACGAAAAAUUGUAGAAGAUCAUUUCGCCAAACAAUGCUCUCAAAGCUCAUUUUGGUUGAAUGACAGCGUGGAUACUUCAAGUCUGUAUGGAGUAAACAUCGAAAGAAUCUCGGCUUUACAUUCUUAUACAUUGUGUCAGAUCUCUGUCAAUAGUCUCCAAAACCAAUGUACAUUUGAUAACUCCGAUGAAGAUGAAUCGGGAAAUCCAUCAUCCAGAUUGUUAUCUUCGGAAUUUUCGCCUCGAGAGAAAAUCGAUGUGCGUUCUUGUGUCCAGUUCUUAAUGGAACUGUUUGAGCAAUGGGUGUCGCCCUACACGCAGCCGAAAACGCCUCUGAUGUUGCUUACAGAAUCUGUUAAAUCCUUGCUCAUCAUUUCGGAUCUUUUCGUCGACACGGCGCAGUAUGAAUGGUUACUGAGCGAACUCCUUGAACUUUAUCAAAAUUAUCCCGCUGAAGAUGAAAUAAUGAUGGAGUAUUUACUGCCAGCACUUUGUAAGUCGCUGGCCGUCUUAAAAAUGGAAGGUGUAAUCCCUGAAAAAGUUGUCAAAAUAAUGGAAACAACAUUCAAAUCUCCACAUAUUCCUCUUCAGGUUGCUGCAUUAUUCGGAGCUCUCUAUCUUCUCGAGUCUCACAUCGUUUCGGUCGUAAAUCUUGUCAUACCGCUGGUCACAGAUUACGUUAUGAAAGUCUUGGCUCAAGUGAACGAUUGUAGCGUUUUCGGCGAACAUCGUUUGCUCGUGUUACUAUCUGCGUCUUUUUACCUUCUGGAGCACUAUGGCGGUGAGAUCAAUAAUGUCGAAUUCAAGAAAAACUUCAUCAUGACCAUUUUAACAUUGGCGUCGUCUGGAGAGGAUAACGUUCCUUUGCAUCUUUACCAUGCAAUAAUACGUGGCUUUGAAAGAUUGGUCGUCUCUUUCUCGUUAUCAAGAGAAGACAGCGAUGCUUUGGUUAAGUUUAGUAUCGAAAGGUUGGCCAUACGAAAUCCACAGAAAGCGAUAUCUGCUCUCGGUCUUUUGCUGACGUGCAUGUACACGGGAAAGGAAGGCGAUCGUCCCAGCGGUUUAUUCCAAGACAACGAAGAUGUCGACUCACCGAAUGACGAUGUUCUUUUAUUGGCUUUAGAAAGAACGACAGCGCUCUUCGACCGAAUCCGUAAAGGUUUUCGUUCCGAGGCGAGGUUGGUAUCGGAGAUUCUACCAAUUGUACUCUGUGAUUUCUUUCCUCCGGACGAGGUUAUGAAUAAAGUGAUUGGAGAAUUCGUUUCCAGUCAACAACCACAUCCAGAACUCAUGGCUUCUGUUUUAUUUAAGGUGUGUGAGAAUUUGAUUAGCAAAGAUCAACAAACAUCAGUAAAAGAUUGGAUCUUACUGUCACUUGGUAGCUUUACACAGAGGCCGCCGCUCGGAAUGGCCGUUUGGAGUUUCACCUGCAUCUUCAUCGCUGCUUCAACAAACCGAUUGCUAAGAGCACUAUUCGAGCAUGCCGUAUCGCGAAUUGGAAAAUUAGACACGAUCGAUCGUACUUACUUUCUACUAACGGCGCUAGAUUUCUAUCAUAAUCAGAACUUGAACGAAGAAGAAAAGGAAUCUUUUCUUGCAACAUUUAAGAAAGUUGCUCAAACGGGAACGCCUUACGCCGAUCUUGUACAGAGGAUUACUUGAAAUAUCAUGAGCACCAAAUACCUAAUUUUGAAGAUGACGAUGGCAACUAUCCGUGUAAUUUAAAUUAGAAUUUUCAAAUUGAAUGUAUGAAUAAAUUAUUUGGUGUGCUUAACUCAUUGAUGUGGGUUCAACUGCCGAUACAUUAUCAAGAGA